AGCUAAGUAUUCGGUGCUCUGUUGCUACGCCAGUGCACUCUCCUUCCUCCCCGAACUAAACCGGUCACCGCGCCCUUUAUCUUUGCAAAUAUGUGGAUCCUGCCGUUGGUAGGGUACUUGGGGGUCAUCGUAGGGUUCGCUUUCCUUACCUUAGCGAUAGCUUCUGGCCUUUACUAUCUUUCGGAGCUUGUGGAGGAACAUACAGUCCUCGCCCGUCGGCUGUUGUACCGGCUGAUAUACAGCAUCAUCGCUGUGCAGGUCCUUCUCACCGUAUUUGACCGAUUCCCUUUCUCGUUAUCUGCUCUCAGCAUAGGCUCCCACAUCGUGUAUGCCAGCAAUCUUCGCCGAUUCCCCAUUGUCAAAUUGUCCGACCCGCUCUUCGUUCUGUCAUGCGUCCUUGUUGGCUUGAAUCAUUGUCUUUGGUUCCGCCACUUCUCGCGCCCAUUGCCUUCGUCGCGCAGCGCCACAAGCUGGCGCCAGCCGUAUCAAGUCAAUAUUGAGGACAUGCCAACGUUCACGGAAGUCGCGUCUUACUUUGGACUGUGCGUCUGGCUGGUUCCAUUUGCGCUCUUCGUUAGCCUCAGUGCGGGAGAUAAUAUUUUGCCCAGUAUGGGUUCCGAGUAUGCCACCGGCGACCGCGUGCCUACCUCAAGGUUCUCCCGCAGCUCUCUAUCAUCUGAUGGAAAAUUAAAAAAUAAGGGAAUGGCGAAGGCUUUGGUAGAUGGCUUGCGGGACUGGGUCAAAGAAAACGGGGAGUUGAUGGGUUUCUGGAAGGGCGAACGGGAAAAGGGUUUCUAGGAUCAAGGUUCUUUCUUCUCCAACCCUUUCUAAUACUAUCAUCUGGAUACCUCUGUUCUUGUGAAUUCGUGACGUGUACACGUCCGCCUGUGAAACAUUGAUAUCUUUCCAUAAUCCAGUGGCAGUUGCUUGUUUGAACUAAUUCUCAUAUUUAGAUAGCUAUAUAGGCUGGAGACUAUGAGCAAACCAAUAAGGAC